AUGACUAACUCACAGGUAUGGUUCCGUGGCGUGAGAAGUUCAAAAUUUCGCCAUGUGUACGGCGUGCCGUUUAAGCGUGAGCGUUGCUAUGACAACAUAAAAAUCACUAGAAAUGCGCACGAUUCUAACUUCUGCGCCGUCAACCCAAAGUUCGUUGCCAUAGUGACGGAGGUCGCCGGUGGAGGAGCCUUCCUUGUUCUGCCUCUAGAUAAUACGGGACGAUUGGACUUCAAUGCAAGCCGAGUGACAGGUCACAAAGGCCCAGUACUUGAUAUCAAGUGGAAUCCAUUUAACGACAACAUCAUCGCGUCAUGUUCCGACGAUUGCACGGUGAAGCUAUGGCACAUACCGGAUGGUGGCUUGUCUAUGCACCUGACGGAUUGGCUGGUGGAGUUACACGGCCACAAGCGACGAGUUGCAUACAUCGAGUGGCACCCUACUGCUGAGAAUAUAUUACUAAGCGCGGGAUUUGAUUAUUUGAUCUUCGUAUGGGAUGUCGGCAAAGGUGAAGCAGUGAAAGUAAUAGAUUGCCACAGCGAUGUGAUCUACUGCAUGUCGUUCAAUCGGGAUGGGUCACUCUUAGCUACCACUUGCAAGGACAAAAAGCUACGCGUCAUCGAGCCUAGAAGAGGCAUUGUAUUAUCGGAAGGUGUCUGCCACUCUGGAACAAAAGCAUCCAAAUGCACUUUCCUCGGCAGUCAGGGGAAAGUCUUAACGACGGGGUUCUCUCGCUACAGCGACCGCCAGUACGCCGUGUGGGACCAACACGAUCUCACCAAACCGUUGGCCUGUGAAACCAUCGAUAGCUCUUCGGGUGUCGUCUUCCCUUAUUAUGACUAUGAUACUAAUAUUGUCUACCUGGCGGGCAAGGGAGAUGGAAAUAUACGAUACUAUGAAGUUGUCGAUGAGGCGCCAUACGUUCAUUUCCUUAACCAGUUCUUAUCUGGCAACCCACAACGUGGCCUAGGCUUCAUGCCAAAACGAGGUGUGAACACAGCGUCAUGCGAAGUAUUCCGGUUCUACAAGUUACACACCUCGAGAGGUUUGUGUGAGCCCAUCUCCAUGAUAGUGCCACGCAAGUCGGACUGUUUCCAGGAGGAUUUGUACCCAGACACUGCAGCCCCACUGCCAGCCCUCACCGCUAAAGAUUGGUUGAGCGGCAUGAAUGCCCCACCGCUCCUCAUCAGUAUGAAGACAGGUGUAACGAUAUCGACGCACAAGCCCCGCACCAACAACAAGGACGCGCCGGCGCUGCAGCCGCAGGACGCCAACAACCGCAAGAAGUUCGCCUUCCUCUCGCGCGAGACCACGCCCGACUACCGCCCGCUCGGCACCUGGCAACCGCCGCACGACAACCACGCCAACGACAUCGAACAGAUUCAGGUGAAUGAAAAGUCGCAAAAAACUAAUGCGAACCAAAACACCAAGUUCCACCAAUUGCAGCGAAUGUUCGGGAAACAAACAGGCGAUGCAGAGCCCGUACCUUUGUACAAGCAAAUAAACCAAGGCGAUGUGUUUAGCACUGAACAUGAGUUACGUCUAGCAUUCAACCGCCAAGGUGAGGAAUUAAGAAUCGUCAAGCGUCAGCUACAAAACAGUCAACAACGGGUCCGAGAACUCGAACAGCUGGUCGCCGCUCUGCAAGCGAGACUUCAACGUGAUGGCUCCUAA